CCCAAAUCUUAGUGGGUCUUGUAAUGCAAAAUAAAUUAAAUCUAUGCUGGCACGAAAUUUUUGUUAAUAACUGUUAAUUAACAGUUUUAAAUUUUAUACAGAUAACAAGAAGAUCGUGGAAGUAUACAAAACAAUUCGCAAUAUUCCAAUCGCCAAGACAACAAGAAACACCUGUUGAAGAUGUCGCGGAAGAAUGUUUUACGUUUGAUCAAUACGAUCGUAAACAAUUCAUGCAAAUGCCCCGCCCACUCACAAGGCUAUGGAUCUUCAACGAUAGCCACUCAGACAGGCAAAAAAGAGUAUGCCUUUGAGAUGUCUGCUUCUACAGUGCGCUUUGGACCGGGGGUAAGUGCCGAAGUCGGCGCCGAUUUACGUAAUCGAGGAGCCAAGAAGGUUUGUCUGGUGACAGAUAAGAAUGUGAUCAAACUGCCCUCGGUCAAAGUGGCCCUUGACUCACUGAUCCGUCAUGGCAUUCAAUAUGAAGUGUACGAUGAGACACGAGUAGAGCCCACAGAUGAGAGCUUCUGGCAUGCGGCGGAAUUCGCAAGAAAAAAUAAUUUCGAUGCUUUUCUAACCAUUGGAGGAGGAUCAUCAAUUGAUACAGCAAAAGCUGCCAAUUUGUAUUGCAGUGAUCCUCAGGCAGAGUUUUUGGACUACGUCAAUGCUCCAAUUGGCAAGGCCAAAGAGAUAUCAGUUCAGCUAAAGCCGUUGAUUGCCAUGCCAACUACUUCGGGCACAGGAUCAGAGACCACUGGAGUGGCCAUAUUUGAUUAUAAACGUUUGCAUUGCAAGACUGGAAUAUCUAGCAAAUAUCUUAAGCCUACUUUGGCUAUCAUUGAUCCUUUGCACACGUUAAGUCAACCUGAGCGUGUGAUGGCCUUUGCCGGGUUUGAUGUCUUCUGUCAUGCUUUGGAGAGCUUUACGGCUGUGGACUAUCGGGAACGUGGCCCAGCACCUAGUGAUCCUAGUCUACGUCCUACUUAUCAGGGCAGAAAUCCCGUAUCGGAUGUUUGGGCACGAUUUGCUUUGGAAGAGAUACGCAAACACUUUAUAGACGCCAUCUAUCAGCCGGAUAAUGUGAAGGCACGCACACAAAUGCAUUUGGCAUCGACCAUGGCUGGCGUGGGCUUUGGUAAUGCUGGAGUCCAUCUCUGUCAUGGAUUGUCGUAUCCCAUAUCGGGCAAUGUCAGGGAUUACAAGCCCGCUGGCUAUAACAAAGAUCAUGCAAUCAUUCCCCAUGGUCUUUCGGUGGUCAUAAGUGCUCCGGCUGUGUUUGAGUUCACUGCACCCGCCUGCCCUGAGCGCCAUUUGGAGGCUGCCCAGCUUUUGGGCGCGGAGAUAAAAGGUGUAAGGGCCGCUGAUGCCGGACGACUUUUGGCGGACACUGUGCGUGGCUAUAUGCAAAAGGCGGGUAUUGAAAAUGGCCUCCGUGAAUUGGGCUUCUCGAGCAGCGAUGUACCCAAACUAGUUGAGGGAGCCCUGCCCCAGGAGAGGAUCACCAAAUUGGCACCACGCCCCCAGACUCAUGAGAAUUUAGCUCAACUUUAUGAGAAUUCCAUGGUGGUUUAUUAAAAUAAAAGUGAAAAAUCA